AUGGCGCUGAAGGCCGUGCUCGUGUCCGACGUGCCGAACCUCGACCAUGUCUCGGAAAGUCCCACCACGUUGCGAUCCUCCUCGCGCCUCCCUCUCAAUGGUAUUUCCAGGGGAUUUCUCCCUCCUCACGCUCUCCCUUCCCCGCCAUUCACCUUCUUGGAUCUGACGGACGGUGCUCUCGUCCAAUUUCAGAGAGCGCGCGGGAGUCGUCCCAGUCAUCGAAGUUCACGGUGAUCGGCCACAGGGGGAAAGGAAUGAACGCCCUGGCGUCGCCAGACCCCAGGUUGAAGAUCGUCAAGGAGAACACGGUCCUGUCCUUCAACGAGGCCGGUCGCUUCCCCGUCGACUUCGUCGAGUUCGACGUUCAGGUAUACGCACACACGUCGACGCGCAAUCCUGAGUUCCUGCUCUUGCCUUUCGCGUUCUCCGCGAGUUCCCGCCGUCGUCUCGCCCGUCAGAUCCUGACUUCCUGCCUUGUGAUUGCCCUUCGAGGCGCCGCUCUCUAGUCCGUCGGAGAUCUAUGGGGGACCCCUUCAUCCUUCAAACCCUUCCCACCUCGAACAUACCUCCUCUGCCGUCGCCGCGGUUCGCCGCGGAUCUAGUGGAAAAGAGGAUGCGCAGAUUCGUUGUCCUUCUGCGGGAAAGAAACAAAAAUAGGCUCUCUGUACUACGUGGAUCCACCUCGGCCGUCCCCAACUGCCCAUCGGCCUGCCGGGUAAAUUACCGUCGCCGCCUUUGACCCAUCCUGCGUUCUCUUCGUGGGGGCAACCAGGAUCAGGACGGAAGAGCCUCAACUACUUCUCUGCUCUCUCCCUCGUGCCGUCGCCGAUGCCGACGACGCUCCGCAUCGUCUUGUCCAAUCCUGGAUAAUUCAUCGGAGAUAUCUGCUGGUAGAGUGGGGUCGAUGAGAUUAUUGACAAAGCUACCUUUCUUGGGGAGAAAAGUCCAUCGAACAGGGUGAAUGCAUUCUUCGUUUGGUUGAUCUCCUCCGUCAUCACAAAACCAGAUGCCUCUGUUCAGAUAAUUCCCUCAAAAAUCAAGGACCCGAUGUGCCUAUCGAUCACCCAUUGAUCCCUACUGACUGUUAUUAUCUUUUAAAUCGAUUUCUGCGUUGCUUCCGGAGUUCGGUCCUUGUGGAACACCGUAUGAUGUGCUGACUGGUUUAUUUUUCUCUUAAAUAAUUUGGGUGAUCGGAAAACCUUAGAAGAGAUACCUGGAUGUGGUUUUCUCAGGUGACGAAAGAUGGAUGCCCGGUCGUCUUUCACGAUAACUUCAUCCUCACCGACGAAGGAGUAAGGCUCCUUCCUCCUUCCCCCCUGCGAUUUCUUUCUCAUCCACGGGCUCGAGAAACCGAUGCUCAUGGAAAUCUUCGAUCGCAGGGAAUCUUAUCGGAGAAACGAGUUACAGACCUGCAUCUCGAGGAAUUCCUUUCUUACGGGCCCCAGAAAGAUUCGAGCAAGGUAUGUGGGACUCCUCCCAUCCCAUCCGUGUAAAUUGCAGAAGUUCACUCACCCGUUGCCGUGUCUGACUAUUCUUGGAUGUCCUCAGACCGGCAAAUCGCUAUACAGGAAGGCUAAAGACGGAAAACUGUUCAGCUGGAAUGUGGAACACGACGACCCUCUCUGCACGCUGCAGGAGGUAUUCCUUAAAGUCCACUCCAGGUUGGGGUUCAACAUAGAACUCAAGUUCGACGACCAUGUUGCUUACGGCGAGGAGGAACUCGUUCAGACUCUGCAGACCAUCUUGCGGGUACCCAUCAGAUUCUUUCUCUACAGUGGCCAGUGGAUAUGGAAUCGUCGGUCGGGGUUCCCAUUUUUCUGACCAUGGUGUUCAUCUCCCCGUUGACCAGGUAGUGUUCGAGCUCGGCAACGAGCGGCCCAUUCUCUUCUCCAGCUUUCAUCCUGAUGCAGCCCAUCUGAUGAGGAAACUACAGAGCAAAUACCCCGUAAGAACUCGACCUUGACCUUCCCCUUUUAGGUCAGCCCGCGGGCCUCCACCGCGCCCGCAGAUUGGCUCAGCCUCUCAUGGGGGGAGGUCGUCGCAGGUGUUCUUCCUCACCAACGGGGGCAACGAAGCGUACAGCGACGAAAGAAGGAACUCUCUGGACGAGGCCAUCAAGCACUGUGUUGCCAGCCAGCUCCACGGAAUAGUCUCUGAAGUGAGGGGAGUCUUCAGAAACCCUUCCCUCAUUCCCAGAAUCAAGGAAUUCAACCUCUGUCUCCUCACCUACGGUCAACUCAAGUGAGUUCCUCCCGGCGGCCUCGUCUCCAGAAGACAAGGAAGAACAGCUCCCAUUUUAUUGACCUUUCUUCUGUUCUUCUCCCCUCCAGCAACGUGGCGGAGGCCGUCUACAUGCAGCACCUCAUGGGCAUCGACGGCGUCAUCGUGGACCUCGUCCAGGAGAUCACCGAGGCCGUCUCGGACUUCGCCGGAGAUGGAGACGACGACUCAUUUCAGACGGACGCCGACGGCAAGCAGCGGCCGGCCCCCAGGCCCAAGUUCUCACAGCGGGAGCUCUCCUUCCUGCUGAAGCUCAUACCCGAGCUGGUGCACCACCCCUGA